AUGGCACGCUCAGUUUUGUGGGCUGUGUUGGAAUGGGCAAGCAGACUUCUUGGCAUUGUUACAGCUGCAGUGCUUUGUGCUGUGGGAGUAGAAACACUGCAUCAGACAGAUGUUAAAAGCCUGGGUGUCUACCUCCUGAUCUCAUCAGCUGGAAUGACACUUUUUGAAAUGGCCUAUUUCAUUAAUGCUUUUAUCCCAACAUGCGUUUUUUGUCCAUCUUGUAAAUUAUGUUUUAUAUGGAAGAAGAUGGCUAAGGUUGGAGGAUUCCAAAAGUUCCUAUACUACACCAUGAUGUCAGUCGUGUGUUUCCUGCAUCCGAUGUUAGUCUGGUAUGCUGUCAUACCAGGUAUCAUGCUGCUUCUCACAGGAUUGUUCAACUUCAUUUUGAGCAAGAGGAAAAACCCAGACCCUCCCAAACAACCCAGAGACUUCCAUGGUGACACAGCACUGUCUUCUCUCUGUGUCACUGAGACAGAGGGGACUGAGAAAACCCUUUCCUUCUCCCACAUCAUCUCAGACAAAGUUAUAUCCAUUCUACCAAGCAGUUCUCACUCACUUGGAUCAGAUUAUCUAGCAAAGUCACAAAUAUACAGACCAUUGAGCAAAGCUGAUGUUCAAAUUAUAGAGAGUUUUAAGCAAGAUGACACUGAGGUGGAUGAAUAUGACAUGGAUCUAGAGGAGACCACAUCAGAUAAAGCACCAAUAAUUCAAUAACUUAAUAAUUUAAUCCAUGUGGGACGUUGUAGCCUAGUGGUUAAGGUACUGGACUAGUAACCAGAAGGUUGCUGGUUCAAGCCCCACCACUGCCAGGUUGCUGCUGUUGGGCCCUUGAGCAAGGCUCUUAACCUUCAAUUGCUUAGACUGUAUACAAUCACAGUAAUGUAAGUCGUUUUGGAUAAAAGCGUCUGCUAAAAGUGUGUAAUGAACUGUAAUGAAUUGGCCCCUGUACAGAUGAAAUCUAUUAAUAAACAACAAAAUAAUAAA